CUGUAACGUGUGACGUCACCAGUGUGCGACGACAGCAGAGGUUUAGCUCAGCUAUAUGAGUUCUUCUCCACAGAAAGAGAAACCAUGACAACAACUCUACAACAGGCUCUAAAAACCCACUUUGGGUUUGACAACUUUCGGUCUAAACUGCAGGAGGAUGUUGUUAAAGCAGUCGUCAGAGGUGACAGGGAUGUGUUUGUGUGCAUGCCCACUGGAGCAGGAAAGUCCCUCUGCUACCAGCUGCCUGCAGUGCUGGCUGAGGGUAUUACUCUGGUUAUAUCCCCUCUAAUCGCUCUCAUUCAGGACCAAGUGGACCACCUGAGGAGUCUGGACAUCCCUGCCUGCUCCAUCAACUCCAAGCUCCCAGCAGGCGAGCGCAGUCUGAUCCUGGCUGACUUGGGCAGCAGCAGCCCCAAGCUGAAGCUGCUCUACAUCACCCCGGAGAUGGUGGCCUCUCCCACGUUCCAGCCGUGCCUGACGGACCUGUGCUCCCGCGGCCUGCUGUCUUACCUGGCUGUGGACGAGGCUCACUGCGUCUCCCAGUGGGGACACGAUUUUAGGCCAGACUACCUCAAACUGGGAGGGCUGCGUGGUCGCUUGCCGGGGGUUCCCUGUCUGGCCCUGACGGCGACAGCGCCCAAGAGUGUACAAGAGGACGUUGUUCAGUCUCUGAGGAUGCGCUCGCCACUGUCUUUUGUUUUACCUGUCUUCCGCAAUAACUUGUACUAUGAUGUGAUCUUCAGGGAGCUGCUGCCAAACCCCUACGUCCACCUCUACGACUUUAUUCAGAAGGCUCUGGCAAAGGACAGCGGCUCUAAUGGACAGGGUUGUGGGAUUGUGUACUGUCGGACCAGGGACGGCUGUGAAACAGUGGCUCACCAGCUGACCAACCUUGGAAUCUUGUCCAAACCAUAUCACGCAGGUCUGAAGACAGGAGAUCGCACAGAGGCCCAGAAUGAGUGGAUGCAGGGGACGGUGCUGGUUAUUGUAGCCACUAUCAGCUUUGGUAUGGGAGUAGACAAGGCCAAUGUCAGGUUUGUAGCUCACUGGAACCUCGCUAAGUCCAUCGCCAGCUACUACCAAGAGUCUGGGCGAGCUGGGAGAGACGGACUGCCCUCCUCCUGUCGCACAUACUACUCCCCGAAAGAUGUGAACUCACUUACCUUCCUCAUCAACAAGGAGGUCGCCCGCAAACAGGGAAAACGCGGCGCAAAGGACACCGACAAAACAGCCAUUAAAGACUUUGAUGCCAUGGUGUCCUACUGUGCACAAGAAGCUUGUCGUCAUGCCACCAUCUCCAAGUUCUUUGGGGACAAGCCGCCAAACUGUGCAGGUGCCUGCGACUUCUGCCGUAACCCCAAAGUUGUGCGAGCCCAGCUGGAGAGGGCGGCCGUCCUCAGCACCAAGACCGAAGCUCAGAGCAAAGGGCCCACCGGACCCUUCGGUUUCACGCCGGGCCUUUAUGCAGGAGGGAGGAAGGGCUACGGCUUUGAAAGGUUUGACGAAGAGGGCGACGGUAGCGGUGAAGACGAUGGCGUACAUAGGAAAAAGGAGUUUACAGACCUCUUCAAGAAGCAGAUGAAAAUGCGGAAGGUAACUGACGGUCAGAGGAGAGACUUUGUUCCCCCGGAUGCUGACUGCACACUCAAAGAGGCCAGCAGUCAGAGGAUCCCCAGACUCACUGUAAAGGCCAGAGAGCACUGCCUGUGCCUCUUGCAGGAAGCAUUAUAUGGCCACCAGGGGGCAGACGACGCAUUCAGUGACAUCCUGUCUUCAGCGGUGGAUCUUGAGUAUGAGGUCUUCAAGAGCAGCAAGUCCUCCAACUUGUACAAAGCCGCUGUCCUAAAGAAGGUAUCAGAGAUGAAGAAAACAGCACUUGGCGAAAAGAGAGAAGGUGUCAAGACUGACGGCAGCAGCGAAUCCAGAGAAGAUGAGUCAAAACUCAAAGAGGAAGCACCGUCAUCCUCUUGUUCUUCCUCCUUUUCUGAAGAGCUGCAGGGGUUCACAUCCGCAUCUGAGAUCUACUCCAUGAAGCGUAAGAGAGUCGGAGCAGGCCUGAGGGGAUCAUCCGACCCCUUCAUGACUGCUAAGGAACUGCUGAAGUCCUCCAUGUCGGACAGUGUGUCCAACAAGGGGAAAGAGAGCGGCAGAUUUUGCAACAACAGCUCAGGAGGCCCCGGAGAAGCAUCCUCGGCCGUAACGUCGUCCAUCAGAGCCAGAGCGAACGCCGUCGCCGCCUCCCUGAGCAGCCCGACGAAGGCCGGCAGAGCCAUGAGCAAGAAGCAGCAGAAGCUAGCGGAAGCGGCGAAGAGCUCCCGCAACAUUUCCCAGUAUUUUGCGAAGAAAGAAUCACCGGAGAAAAGCCAGGAGGAGGCGGAGAAGAGCCAGGAGGAGGCGGAGAAGAGCCAGGAGGAGGCGGAGGAGGAGGAGGAGGAGACGCCGGAGGAACUUGAUGCCACGUUAUCUCAUGCCGCGAUGGUGGUGGUCGCUCAAGAAAGCCAGCAGGAACACUCACCUGUCACUAUGGAGGAUGUAGAGAACAGUCCUGUGGAAUCUUGGGACGUGAUCCAAGAAGAAAGUAAAAAAGAAGUAAUAGUUAUACUUAAUGAUGAUGAUGAUGAAGAGGAGGAAACCCAUAAAACAGAGGCGUUGGAGUUGGAGCGGCUUCAAGACGCAUCUAUAGAGUAUAUGACGUCCACUGCAGAACAACACAAACCAGAGGAAGAAGCUAAAACACCUCCAACAGAAGGGUUGACAGAUGACAUAAAAGCCACCACAGGGUCGUCUCCUCCGGCGAAGCGCAGCCGCCCCGCAGACAGAAGAGUAACCUUCAACCCCAACGUGCAGGAGAGGGCCCUGCUCCCCUCCAACGAGCCACCCAAGCCUGUGACGCUGAAGGAAGCGGCUGAUAUCGUGGUCCGCUACCUGGACCCCUUUUACACUCAGGGAAAGUUCGCCACCAAGGAGCUGUUUAAGUCCUUCGCCCGCUUCUUAUCUCACCUUCUCGCAGAGGGGAGGAGUCGGGGGAAAGGCCAAGUUAAAGCAGAAGCCAAAGCUCUCAUCAAGAAGUUCUUCCGAGGAGUCAAGCGCUGUGUGAGCGAGGCAGACUGGAAGAACCUUAAAAGACCGAACAGCUGUAAAACCACAGAGAACAAGGAAUGAUGGGAAGUGGAAAUGUAGCCAUUUAUUAGGGUCAAACCCUUCCUCUUUUGUCAGUGCCUAAGCUUCUCUCGUCCCAGUGAACUCAGGCUCCACCACAGACGCCUGCUAACCACAUUUAUGGUUGAUUUGCUGCUCGAGUUCUGCUUCCUUUUAGGCUUCUGCAGUAGCUUAUGUCAAUAAUUAAGCAAUAAUGUGGGCUGUUACAGCUCGAGAGAGAGAGCAGAGGUAAAACAGUGUUUAUACUGAUAUGACGAGUGUUGUUUAUUUGUUUCAGCUUUCAACUGAAAAUUGUGUAUUCAUUUCACUACAGUAUGGCACUUUUGUGGUACUGCACUCUUCUUUUUUUCAAGUCAAUGUGCACUUAAAUCUCCAUUAAAACAUACUGAGCUGAAAUGGAUGGAAACCAAAAGGCCUCUUGGAAAAAAAAAAGUGUCUACAGCCGUGCUAGCAGCUCCGUACCACAGCAGUGCUUGCUCACAAAACAUUGGCUAAUUAGCACUGAACACAAAGCACAGCUGAGGCUAAUGGGAAUGGCAUUAGUUUUGCAGAUAUUUGGUCAUAAACCGAAUUAAAAUUUUGACCUGGUGAUGCUAGAUGGAAAGUUAGGGGGGUCAUCAUAGUCAUUAGGGUUCAUCCUCUGGGGACCAUGUAAGUAUGAACCAAAUUACAUGGUAUCUAUCAAUUAGUUGUUGAGAUAUUUCUGUCUGGACCAAAGUGAUGGGCAGACAUUUUCAUCCAUAGAGCCACUAGCAUGGCUAGAAACACGUUGUGGAAAUGAUUGACACUAAAUGGGGGUAAAACAUACAAGAACACUUAUUUGACAUAAACCCGACGGUUCUGUGUUGUGAGAAUCUGACAAAUAUUUUUUACUGCUGCUACAUAUUUUGUCUCUGGCUGCUGAAUACAGUGUAAAAGGACAACAAUGAUAGAUACUGUAUGAUGUGAUCCUGUUUAUACUGUGAUACUUAAUUUAAAGAUUAAUAUCUUUGGUUACGUCUCUUAGCAAAGGGAGAAUUUUUGCAGAUUUCUUUUUUUUUUUUUUUAGCAACGUGAUUUCCGGUGUGGGAAAUGUUCCUUAGUUAUGGUGCCGGUCAGAGCUGUGCGAGUGCACAGUUUCUGUCUCCACAGAGGCAACCCAAAGAGUACUGGAAGCACUGGUGGACACAGAGGCCUGGCUGUGUAGUCUGAACAGCCGUAGUCUAUGUACUACUGUGUAUGUACUACUCUUUGCUCCUAAAUGUUUACAAUAAAGUCUAUGCUGAAUAGGACUAACUUCA